AUGUCAGGAAAUACUGUAAUGCGUGUAGGGGCGGUCAACAAGUGGAAGGUCCGGAAAGAAGAAGUUACAGAAGCCACCUCCAUCAGUAACUUCCAAGUCAGAUUCUACAAAGAAUGCCAAGGUCAGAAUAACCUUAAUUAUAGCACAACGAGGAUAGAAGAUGUCUUCCUGGACCCACGUCAGGAAGAUGUCUUCCUGGACCCACGUCAGCAAGAUGUCUUCCUGGACCCACGUCAGGAAGAUGUCUUCCUGGACCCACGUCAGGAAGAUGUCUUCCUGGACCCACGUCAGGAAGAUGUCUUCCUGGACCCACGUCAGGAAGAUGUCUUCCUAGACCCACGUCAGGAAGAUGUCUUCCUGGACCCACAGCCAUCCCGUGCUGAACAGAGCCAUCCCGUGCUCAACAGAGCCAUCCCGUGCUCAACAGAGCCAUCCCGUUCUCAACAGAGCCAUCCCGUGCUCAACAGAGCCAUCCCGUGCUCAACAGAGCCAUCCCGUGCUCAACAGAGCCAUCCCGUGCUCAACAGAGCCAUCCCGUGCUCAACAGAGCCAUCCCGUGCUCAACAGAGCCAUCCCGUGCUCAACAGAGCCAUCCCGUGCUCAACAGAGCCAUCCCGUUCUCAAGAGAGCCUUUCCGUGCUCAACAGAGCCAUCCCGUGCUCAACAGAGCCAUCCCGUUCUCAACAGAGCCAUCCCGUUCUCAACAGAGCCAUCCCGUGCUCAACAGAGCCAUCCCGUGCUCAACAGAGCCAUCCCGUGCUCAACAGAGCCAUCCCGUGCUCAACAGAGCCAUCCCGUGCUCAACAGAGCCAUCCCGUGCUCAACAGAGCCAUCCCGUGCUCAACAGAGCCAUCCCGUGCUCAACAGAGCCAUCCCGUGCUCAACAGAGCCAUCCCGUGCUCAACAGAGCCAUCCCGUGCUCAACAGAGCCAUCCCGUGCUCAACAGAGCCAUCCCGUGCUCAACAGAGCCACCCCGUGCUCAACAGAGCCAUCCCGUGCUCAACAGAGCCAUCCCGUGCUCAACAGAGCCACCCCGUGCUCAACAGAGCCACCCCGUGCUCAACAGAGCCAUCCCGUGCUCAACAGAGCCAUCCCGUGCUCAACAGAGCCACCCCGUGCUCAACAGAGCCAUCCCGUGCUCAACAGAGCCACCCCGUGCUCAACAGAGCCAUCCCGUGCUCAACAGAGCCAUCCCGUGCUCAACAGAGCCACCCCGUGCUCAACAGAGCCAUCCCGUGCUCAACAGAGCCACCCCGUGCUCAACAGAGCCAUCCCGUGCUCAACAGAGCCAUCCCGUGCUCAACAGAGCCAUCCCGUUCUCAACAGAGCCUUCCCGUGCUCAACAGAGCCUUCCCGUGCUCAACAGAGCCAUCCCGUGCUCAACAGAGCCAUCCCGUGCUCAACAGAGCCAUCCCGUUCUCAACAGAGCCAUCCCGUGCUCAACAGAGCCAUCCCGUGCUCAACAGAGCCAUCCCGUGCUCAACAGAGCCAUCCCGUUCUCAACAGAGCCUUCCCGUGCUCAACAGAGCCAUCCCGUGCUCAACAGAGCCAUCCCGUGCUCAACAGAGCCAUCCCGUGCUCAACAGAGCCAUCCCGUGCUCAACAGAGCCAUCCCGUGCUCAACAGAGCCAUCCCGUGCUCAACAGAGCCAUCCCGUGCUCAACAGAGCCUUCCCGUGCUCAACAGAGCCUUCCCGUGCUCAACACAGCCAUCCCGUGCUCAACAGAGCCAUCCCGUGCUCAACAGAGCCAUCCCGUGCUCAACAGAGCCAUCCCGUGCUCAACAGAGCCAUCCCGUGCUCAACAGAGCCAUCCCGUGCUCAACAGAGCCAUCCCGUGCUCAACAGAGCCAUCCCGUACCAAUGUACACUAAGGGGCUCACCAGCCGAAGUCAUUAGGGAAAUAUACUCCCAGAGUGAGCGUGUGCUGGGGGGACGCUCCCGCCUCCACAGUCAUGACCAUUAUCACAUCUUUAUUGCACCUGGCAACAGUAGUUAA